CCAUGACCCUCCAAUCAUAGGCAGUUUGGAAGGCAUGGAUGCUGAGCGCUCUUUCAUGAAUGAGCAGGAGCAGUUCCAGGACAGGAAUUCUCCCGGGACCCAUGCGGCGACAGCGGGUAAUCUCAGAGAGAAACAUCACUUCACGGAUGCAAGGGGAUAUUAAAAACCCGGUAUCUGUAGGAUGUGCGAGAGCGAGUGUGUGGGAGUAUAACGCGCAGAUGGAAACGGAUUUUCUGACCAUGGAAUGAGACUGCCGAGCGCCUGGCGGACCUCAGAAACUCGUAAUGAUGCGCUCAGAGAGGGGAAACCGCUCACCGGCGACUUCUGCGGAGUUGGCAGCACCUCUGCUGCACGGACCCCUCUCAGAAUUUGUCGGUCAUUUGCUACAUUAUACCCCGCGAUGUUUUUCCUGAAUAUUAUGGCCAGCUCAGGCGAGCAAUCAAAGGAAUGGCAACUUUUCAUAACCACAAACAAGACAUUCGGAGACUUGUACAAAAACUCGCAGUCAUGUUCUCUUUCACUGUAGUGUGCGUCUAUCUCUUCUACUUUCUUAACGGUUGCUGUAAUUCGGACUUGGUAGAAAAUUCAGACUUGAACGGUGUGAACAAAUUGCUUCUGACAGGAUGGUACAACGAGAGAAAUGGAACAUUUCCUCAAGUAACAACGUCUUCCUAUGGGACGAUGGAGGACGCCAGAGGCUUGCCGGGGCUGGAAACGAAUAGCUCAGCGAAGGACUGGACAGCGACCCGGAGACUUCCACAUGCCCUCAUCAUAGGAGUCAAGAAAGGAGGCACAAGGGCUCUCUUGGAAUUUCUGAGGCUGCACCCGGACAUUCGCGCUCUUGGAUCGGAGCCACAUUUCUUCGACAGACAUUACGCGCGCGGAUUGGACUGGUACAGGAGUAUGAUGCCUAAGGCCCUGGACGGGCAAAUCGUCAUGGAGAAGACUCCCCGUUACUUUGUCACCGAGGAGACGCCGGCCCGCAUCUAUGCAAUGUCCCACGACAUCAAGCUGAUCGUGGUGGUGCGGGACCCCAUCACGCGCGCCAUCUCCGACUACACGCAGAUCAUCUCCAAGACGCCCGACGUGCCCAGCUUCGAGGCGCUCACCUUCAAGAACGGCUCAGUGGGCACGAUCGACGCCCUGUGGAGCCCGCUGUGGAUCGGCCUGUAUGCCAAGCACCUGGAGCGCUGGCUGGCCUACUUCCCGCCCUCGCAGAUCCACUUCGUCCACGGCGAGCGGCUCAUCAGCGACCCGGCCGGCGAGCUGGGCCGCGUGCAGGACUUCCUGGGCCUGCAGCGCAUCGUCACCGACAAGCACUUUUACUUCAACAAGACUAAGGGCUUCCCCUGCCUGAAGAAGCCGGAGGGAAGCAGCAAGCCCCACUGCCUGGGCAAGACCAAGGGCCGAAUCCACCCCAGGAUCGACCCGACGGUCAUCCAGAAACUGAGGGAGUUCUACCAGCCGCACAACCUGCGGUUUUACCAAAUGGCGGGGCAGGACUUCGGCUGGCAGUGACUGAUUCUUUAAUAUCCUGGAAUGGAACCCGCUUCUCCGGAAUAUUCAUCUAAUUUCUCGGCUGCAUUUGUGGCCCCCGGCAGCAGCGACUGUGUGACUAUAAACUGUUAUUAGACGGGGGGGAUAAUGGAUAAUUCAAUGCCACUUGAGUCCGGGCCUCGAGAUGAAAACUGAAUUUUAUGAUUUUUAAUAUGUUUUGGAUGCUGGGCUAAAGUGAGUCAAGUGUAAUAUCCUGAGACAGCACAUUGUUUCCGAGCGGUGACAAAUAGCGGUUGGCUGAAAGAUUAUCAUUUUAUUUUUCACCAGAGACCGGUGCUGGCACCAAAGCUGUCACUAACAGAAACUCAUCAGCGGCGGUACUUUCGUUUGCUGAUGGAUGGCGUUCUCACUCCACUUCCUGUUGUUUGGCACUAGCUAAACGACUGCAAAAAAGAUAACAAAAAAAGAAGAAGAAGAAAAAAAUAAAAUAAAACAAUGACCAGGAUCUACUAAGCUAUAUCAUAAUUUGUUGUGGUGAUCCGGACCACUAAGAGUAUGUGCCAGUAGCCUAGUGUUCUGCAAUGGGAGUGAAACGUUUGCAUUUAACAUACCUUAACAGUUUAGAGCAUUUUUUCCCCCUCCAAACUCUUUAGCAUUUCAUUCUGUCAGUCGUAGUAGGUUCAGAUUCAGAUGUAUUUUUUUAGGUUCCUUAUGUACAGCUGCAUAAACAUGGAAGUGAAACCAGUCUGCACACGUGCUAUGGCUAUGCUACAGUAAUGUACAAUGACAUCAUCAGGUCAUGUUUAAGUCAUACGUUGGUCCUAAAAUCAUCCAGCCAAGACUUCAUCGUCAUCAGCCAAUUCCUGGAAGCACCACACCAAAUACACCCAGCACCCACAGUUCAAAAUUUAGUUUAAGUCCUGUUCAGAUAAUAUUUUUUUCUGGACUGUUUAUUGUUUGGAAAGAGAACAAUGAACCAAUGGAAGUAAAUCAAUCAAAAAAUGACAAUGGAAGACAAUAGAGCCUACAUAUACUUUGAAGCUAAGAGGGUGGAAACUUAAAUCUCUAUGGAUGGUGUAAUUACUGUCCAGUAUAAUGUUUCUUCACAAACUUCUAUAGAUCUACAAAUGAACCUGACAAGCUCUAGAGCCAUUUGCCUGCAUGAUAUUUGCACUAGCUUUGAAAUGUAACCUCCAAGGAAGCAAUUAAAUUAUUUUGAAACAAUCA